AUGCAAGUCUACUCGGACCUCUCGGCGAACCAUCAGUCCGUGACGGUUCUGAUUAGGUCUCGAUCGAAACGGGCCAAAGACAUCACCUCCAGACCACUGGUUGGCCAGUCUGCCGCGUUUCAGCAGCCCUGGCAGUCAGCAGACGUCUGCGCCAGUCUGGCAUUGGGCAAAACUUCGUCGCCAGGCGUCAAAUGGUACAGUCGAGAGGCCGUCUGCACCGGCCGCGAGGCCGCCUUGACGCGAAACCAAGCCAUCAAUGCAGGCCUGCCCGGCAAGUCGACUCCAGGUCCCGUCAGAUUCGUCGAGACCGUCACUCAAGUUGCGUCUCCACCCCUCGCCCUACAGGUGCUCCUGCCAGAGACCAAUUUGGGUCCUGCGACCACGACCACAAAUGGAGUCGUUUAUCAGGUGGCGCAGGGCGAAGACCGUCUGAAAGCAGAUCCCCUGGCCGUGAAACCGGAGACCUCUUCGUCAUCCGUUGACGACCACAAGAUGCUCGUGCCACCGGAGUGGCAGGUGCCCCGACCAGCUAGGCCUUUUAAGGUGGGCAGAGGAGAUUCAAGGCCUCAGAGAGCCGGCGAAGUGAGACCACUUACGCAACGUCUUCUAAAUAAGAUGCCAAAAGAAGCUGGCUUUAUAAAAAUUCGUUAA